AUGCGUCUCUCUCCUGCGUGGUACCAGUUCCUCGUAGGCGUCUUCGCCUCCCUCGGAUCAUUCCUCUACGGAUAUGAUCUGGGUGUUAUUGCGGAAGUGAUCGCCUGUGAAUCGUUUAAGACGACCUUCAAAGAGCCAGACAGCACGCAAACAGGUUUGGUCGUUUCAAUGUUCACAGUAGGCGCUUUCUGCGGUGCUGCAUUUGCAGGUCCUACUGGUGAUUAUCUGGGUAGACGUUGGACUAUCAUAAUCGGUUGUAUCGUCUUCUGUCUGGGUGGUGGUCUGCAAACCGGCGCCCAGACUAUUGAGUACCUAUACAGUGGACGUUUCUUUGCCGGCGUUGGGGUUGGUUUCCUUACCAUGAUCGUGCCCCUAUAUCAGGCCGAGAUCUGCCACCCGAAUAUCCGAGGUCGUGUCACUGCCUUGCAGCAGUUCAUGCUGGGUGUCGGAGCUCUCUGCGCCGCAUGGAUUUCGUACGGAACAUACGUCGGCUUCGAUGAUACGAACGAUGCUCAGUGGCAAGUCUCUCUUGGUCUGCAAAUCGUCCCAGCCGUCUUCCUGGGGCUGCUGAUCAUGCUUUUCCCUGAGUCCCCUCGUUGGCUUAUCGACCAUGGCCGCCAAGAAGAGGGCCUGAAGACCCUGGCGAGGCUUCACGCCUACGGUGAUGUGAAUGACGCCUGGGUCCGUGCGGAAUACACUCAGAUCCAGGAAUUUAUCCUCCGUGAACACGAGGAGGAGGCCAAAUCCUACUUGGAACUCUUCCAGUCGCGCUCGUCGUUCCGUCGUCUUUUCCUCUGCUGUGCACUCCAAGCCUCCGUGCAGAUGACUGGAGUUUCCGCGAUUCAGUAUUACUCCGUCACGAUUUACGCGCAGAUCGGUAUCUCUGGCGAUGAAACCCUACGCUACCAGGCAAUUAACUCCAUCAUCGCUCUAAUCGCCCAGUUCUUGUGUAUGAUGCUUAUCGAUCGUUUCGGUCGCCGCUGGAGUUUGAUCAGCGGAAACUUGGGCAACUGCCUUACAUUUAUCAUCGCCUGCAUUCUGCUAGCCAGAUUCCCUCCAGAGGUCAACAACACCGGAGCUCACUGGGGCUUUAUUAUUAUGACUUGGCUCUACAACUUCUCUUUCUCGUGCACUUGCGGUCCCCUGUCUUGGAUCAUCCCAGCCGAGGUCUUCGAUACUCGUACUCGUUCGAAGGGUGUCUCGCUUGCGACCAUGACCUCCUACGCCUUCAACACCAUGAUCGGCCAGGUAACGCCACUCGCAAUGGAAGACGUUGGCUACAGAUAUUACUAUCUGUUUAUCAUCUGCAAUUUUACCAAUGCCGUGUUCUUCUGGUUGCUCCUGCCCGAGACUAAGAAGUUGCCGCUCGAGGAGAUGAACUAUUUAUUCUCAAACGCUCCUUGGAUUAUUCCAGGCACAAAGAAGGAGGACUACGUCCCGCACGACCUGGAGCGUAGGGUGGUGGAGCAGGAGGAAAAGCAGCAUGCGUAUGCGUCGCAUGAGGAGAAGAAAUAGAUGCAGAAAGAAGACGGACACGUUGAUGCUCGAUGAUACUGUGUACUUUACAAUAAUCGGAUAUGUAACCAUGUGUAGGGUCCACUAAUGGU